AUAUGGAGCUGAAACUAUUUUCUUGCAGGUAAUCCGUAAAAGUACUUCCGGGUAUAUCUAGACGUUCAUGUGAAUUGUGAUGGGAUGUAACCCGGGGGCCGUAACUUCUGAAAACGUAUGGAAACAGUCCUCUUGAAAGACUAAGCACUCCGAAGAUGUCUGGAAAUUACUAUUUUGUUAUAGUGGGUCACCAUGACAACCCAGUGUUUGAGCUUGAGCAUAGUAGUCAAUCAAGAGCUGCUGAAGCAAAGAAAGAUGACCACAGACACUUAAAUCAAUUCAUAGCUCAUGCAGCACUGGAUAUGGUAGAUGAACAUAUGUGGACAACACAAAACAUGUAUCUCAAGACAGUUGACAAAUUCAACGAGUGGUUUGUCUCUGCUUUUGUCACAGCAGGAAGGAUGAGAUUUCUUGUUCUACAUGAUAUCAAGAAUGAAGAUGGCAUCAAAAACUUCUUCUCUGAAGUCUAUGAAUUAUACAUCAAGUUUUCCAUGAAUCCAUUCUAUGAGCCAAGUAGUCAAAUCAAGUCACCUACACUUGAGAAGAGGAUACAACAGCUUGCCAAGAGAUUCCUUACGAGCUGAGUUAGAAUUUGUAUCAUAAUUUUAUAGUACUUUAUCUUUGUUGAAUUCAAGAAAAUCAAUAUUUAAAUGUACCGUGGUGCUCAAAAGCUAGUGAACCCCACCAGAAAAUGAACAUAUGUAAAUUGUUCAAGUUUUGUCACGGUUUAGAUAUUUAAUUCUGAAGUCGGAUGAUAAAAUAUUACAUUCAAUUAAGUUUGUUUCUCUGGGCUUUCCAAACAUUGAAGUGUUGUCUACAUUUAACACUCGGCAUGAAAUAGUGCAUUUAUGGCAGGGUUCACUAACUUUUGAGCACAACUCGUGAGAUUCUGUGAACAUGUGUUUUUAUAAUGAGCACAAUGAAUAUUUUUGUUUUGUUCCUAUUUUCCUACAGAUUUAAUCAUUUUGAAUAUAUUCAACCCCCCCCCCCCCAUCCAAUAAAGUUAAAUAAAUGAAUAAAGUUGAAAAUAAAUGGAAGGAAAAACAAAUCAGGAAUAAUUUUGGGCUAAUGAGUUUGCCAUCAUAUUCCAUUUGUUUGUAAGUUGGGACUUUUAUAAACUUUAAAAAUGUACACUUUAUAUUCCAGUUCAUAAAGCCUUGCAAAACUUAUGUUCAGCUUUAUGAAACACCACAGGGUCUGGUGACACAAAGUUUUGUGAUAGGUCAUAUACUUGGUUUUCAUGAAUGAUUGUACAUUGUACUCUUAUGUUAUGAAUCAUAAAGAUUUAUUCUAUGAUCAUUGUUAAGGUUUGUGUUACCCUUCAUGCCCAGUUACUUCACAUCUUCUGUAGAUAUGUUGGAACCUGAAAUUAGAACUAUGGAUGAUACUUUUACAUUAUUUAAAUUCAUUUAGCCCAAUAUUCACUAGAAUAUAAAGCAUUUAAUCAGUGAGUAAAUAAAAAAAUGGGUCAGCUAAGAGUAAUGCUUGAUUGCAGAAUUGCAUGUUACUUAACAUAUAAUCUUAUUGUUGAACAUGCUAUAGCAUGUGUUCUCUGAGCGUAAUCAGUAUUGUGUAUACAACACAAGACUGGUUAUGUGAGUGUGAAUUUUAAAUCAAUGUUUAAAGAGUUAAGUCUUUAUGAAACACUCACAAAUUAUACAACAGUGCACCAGAAUGUAUACAUACAAUAUGUGUUUGUGAUCAUCUAUCUUUUUGGUCACUUUCUUGUGACUUAUUCAUGUUAUGCAAAGAACGUUCAAAGUUGAUAAUUUGAUUUUAAGAAAUCCUAUCAAGACUCCAUUACAGAUGCGAGUGGUGUAUAUUAAGUGUAUGUUUAGUUUGAGAUACCCAUUAGUGCAAUAUUUUGUUAACAUCGAUGUAAGAGCAAAUUAAAAAUUGAUGUUUUUGUACAUUGUAAAUAAAUAUUACAACUGUAAGCUUACAUGUACUUCA